AUGAGUUCUUCUAAUGGCAGUGUCAACUACGACCACUCUGGUGGCACCUAUGUAGGAAUGUCGCAACGCCAACAAGCUGAGUAUGAACGCCUCCGUCUACAGCACGAGCUUCAUAAACGAGCAAUGUCUGGUGAACUAGUUAGAGUACCGCUCUCCAAAACACAACCCCUUCGUAUCCUCGACUCGGCGACAGGCGACGGUCUCUGGAUGCUGGAUGUUUCCAAGCAGUAUCCCUUGGCCUCGUUCGUGGGAACCGACCUGUUUCCAAAUCAUUUCAAGCAACUCAGGAAUCUACCGGCUUCGAUCAGCUUCAAGACUCAGAGUGUCCUCGAUGACUGGCCAGACGAGGAUUCCAAUGCUUACGAUCUUGUUCACCAGAGGCAUUGUAUUGGCCAGUUCAGUCCUGAGAAAGCUGCUGCAAUUAUUAAGCGUCUUUUUAACCUCGUCAAGCCAGGAGGCUAUCUCCAGAUCGUCGAGGCCAGCAACGCACAUUUCGAUGGGGGGAAGAAAUAUGUCUAUAUGGAGAGGGCGAUGGACUAUUUAGUGAAGAUUUUUGCUGAGUUUGGUAUCACAGCGAGUCCAGGUCCUUCUGCGGCGGGAUGGAUGCGUGAGGCUGGUGUUGUCGAUAUAAGGGAAGAGGUGCUGUCUAUUCCAAUAGGUGUCAAGGCUGUAACACCCGAAGACCAGACAGCUACAACCGCAAACAUUUUGAACAUUAUUGACAACUUCGCUGCAGUUGGAUCCAGUAAGUGCUCGAAAGCCAGGAGACCAUCAAGUAUCUAACCAUGAACAGAAAACCCUAACCACUGGUUCACUCCAGACGACUUCAAGGCUCUCAGGGAAGGACUUGUAGAGGAAUUGGCGACGAAUGGUAAUACUUGGCGCUUCUGGGUAGUCACUGGAAGGAAACCAGCCCAAGGGCCAGUGUAUAACUUCAUUGAUGGGUAUUCAAAGAUGUGA